AUGGAACGGUAUCCUGGCUAUCCCAUUGCACUUUGGGGCAACGCCUCCUGCUUUCACAAGGAGAAAGCUCUAUCCUUUGACUCCUGCUGUGCCACCGGUCACCUGCGGCUCUAUGAUACCUUGUUUGCUGAAUGCAGGCAUCCAUGGAGGUGUGGGCCAAGGUCAUGUAGAGCAGCCGAAUUCAAGCCCUGUUGCAGAGACAACCACCCUCUACGAACCGUGAGGUCUCACCGUUGCCUGCAGGGAUGUGAGAACAAGAAGUGGCAGGAGUUUCUGCGCGUGUUUAGGCUUACCCGUGGCUGUGUCCAUUGCAUGGGUCGUGUGGAUAUGGUGGAGAUGGCCAGGACUAUGAUAGGCUACCAGCAGUGUGCAGCCGGCAAAGCAGUGGCUGCUUUCAAUGUGGUUGUGGCAUUGGCAGUGUCAACUGUUGCUGCCUUUCCCUUGCAAUCGUAUGCCUUGGAGGCUGCUUCCCUUUUAUUGCAGCAGAUUUCAUCGUGCAAGCUAUCAUCAUCGGACUGGUGGCAUUUCAGCGGAAUUACCGAUGUUCAGAUGCAGUAUGUUCUCGCUCAGAUGGAGCCUGUGCCGUUCCUUCAAUCUUCCUUCGUUAGAUUCAGUACCGAGAAGUUUGACCGAAAUUCCUCCAUCAUUGACGUGGGCGCAGGGGGUUUUGGUGAUACUCUGUACUUCCUGGCGCAGGAGAUGCGAGUGCUAGCUGUAGAUGCGAGGCCUUUCCUCCCACAACCCUGGAUGAAGCGAGUUCCGCGAGGACGUUUGGAGCUGUUGCCACGUGCAGUUACUGCAGAAGGCGGUGGCCAAAUGGUACCAGUCUUCUUGGAUUUGCAUGGCCAAGGCCUCAUGAGUUCUCUCAAUGCUUCACUUGUUCCUGGGGCGCAACAUCAGUUGGAGCGAGUGAUGGUUCGGUCGAUCAGUUGCUCAGAGAUCGUUGAGAGCUGGCGCCACCCAGUGCUGUACAUGAAAGUGGACGUGGAGGGGCAUGAUCUCGAUUGUGUUUCUUCUCUCGCAAAAGUCUCACGCCCCAGAUUCUUUUCGAUCGAGCUUCCAACCGCUGAGGAAGUGGCAGAGUUGGUGGAUGCUUUGGGACGUCUUGGCUACACCCGUUUCAAAAUUGUGCGACAGCGGCUGUACAACCUCCGCCUUGUGAAAGGUCAGCGUUAUGCAGCCUCAGGCCCCUUCGGCCACCAAGCAGUGGACUUUCUGCUGGGCCCUGGGCAGCAGGGCUGGCGCUCAGCUACCGAGAUCACUAUGGAAGUGCUGUGGAUGGCCACCUGGGAGCGGAGAAGAUUUCUGGAAUGGUUUGAUCUUCAUGCCACUGGUGAAUCGGGUGAACGGCCCUCUUGA